AUGGAAUACGACUAUGUGCCUUUGUUCUUCGGCAACUCACAUCCAGCUUCUCAAGCUUGGGCAGUGUUUACUGCAUUCUCUGCUGUUGGUAGCAUGAUUAGCGUCACCUACACUUGCGUUAGAGUCAAACAAACGAUAGCAUGGACGAACAUACUACCUUGGUCCCCUCUAUGGAGGUCCUCAGCACCCGUAUCCAGGAGAGAACCAAAAGACUACUUAGAGCUGCGUAUACUGAAUAACCAACAUGCUCACAACCCGUAUGAUCUUUCGACUGGUGAGCCACAAGGAGGUUUGAUACUUCACUGGAUAAUAUGCGUUGUUUAUAUUUGCGCUACGUCUGCGAUCUCGGUCGUCACUGAAGCAAUAGCAUUUCCUGGUCAGCUACUCUCGUAUGCUCACGCUAUUGUUGGAGUCGUGCUAGGGGUCAUGUUUCCGAAAUUUCGCAGUAUUGAAAACAAGGUCCCUAUGACGCGACAAUGGGACCCACCUAGCAGAGAGUCUCGAUGGUUGAAGCUAAAAUUCGCCCCAAUAAUUUUCGGAUGGACUUACGCUAUAGGCAGCAUAGCUCUCCUGGUACUCACGGUCAUAGGACCGUACAAGAAUGCUGACGGAUCAGAAAGAGUGGUGAAAGGUUGGUUUUAUCCCGCGGUAUCCUUCGGGACGCUCCUGAUGUCCCUGAUAUAUUACCUCAUUUUCAUUGCUAGCACGGAAGCAUCAUUGGUUCGCGCCGCUGGGAUACAAAUCCGAGAAUGUCGACAUGGAGAAAACGAUCGUGAGCGUAUCAGGCGGCGAUGCGAUGUUUGCCAAGAUUCACCUCAAGCACAUCGCCAUGCCAGAGAUGGCUACGAGCAUUAUUUCGAGGUGGUAGUGCCUGACACUCAUGAUCGUGGUAGUUUCCUGUAUUGGUUCUUUGGUGGGACAGAAGAGCGUCAUCAUCCACGUGCCUCUGAACAAGUCAAUAUGGUGAGAGCAGUCUUCGCGCAGGCAAAAGCGCACCUGAAGGAAAUGUUCCGGAAACCUUCUGGCUUAUCUAGGAACGGAGGUGCAAACGGUGAUACUUGA